GUAUAUCUACGAAUUCAAUGAAAAUUUCAAACGGAUGGAUAAUGUCUAUAACUCAAAUUAAUACAUGUGUGCAUAUUCAUGAUAGUUAUCGUAUCAGUUCUAUAUGCUCGGUGAACGCUAAGUACAUUUAUUAAAGUGAUGGUAGAGAGAAUUUAAACUCCACCCGCAAAUCGUAAAUCUAAACAGUCAAUUUAAAGUUAGUUUACCCUGUAAUUGAUAAAGAAGUGAGCGUUGUAAGAAGUGGUUUGUGUUCAGUGGAUAGUACCGGGUGCAGCUAGGAUGGUGGCCGGAGACGUGACGCGCAGGGCCUCCAUCACAGCGCCCUCCAUGCACAGGAGGCCCUCGGCUAGAAGAGGUUCACUCAUCAAAAACCCACAGUCGCAAUCACAGGAAGUGCCAUGGGACAUCAUCGAUCGCUGCGCGCUGCCGGUGGUGCUGUGCCAUGCGCUAGCCGUGGUGCUGUCCACGGUUCUGAACGCGCUCCACCUCAGCCAGAUCUCCGUGUUCACGCUUUUCCUCUGGUUCGCCAUCUCUGUUACCGGCUCACUCUGGUUCUACCACAAUCUGCAGGUGACUGCGGCCGGGAAGGCAGUGUUAGUGACGGGCUGCGACAACGUCCUAGGCAAUGCGCUGGCGCGCCGGCUGGACGACCUGGGCUACCACGUGUUCGCCGGCUUCCAAAAUAAAGCUGGCAACAUCGACGCAGACAUGCUAAAAGAGGACUGUUCCGGCCGACUGCACACACUGCAGCUUGACUGCACUUCUGAAACGCAGAUUCUUUCAGCGUCUCUAUACAUAGUGGACCAUCUGCCAGAUGGCGCGCAGGGGCUGUGGGCAGUCGUCAACUGCGAGUCGUGGUGUGCUCUCGGCGAGCUCGAGUGGGUGCCGUUCUCAGUCAUCAAGCGAGCGAUGGAGGUCAACCUUUUGGGUCCGGCCCGCCUAGUGCAAGUGAUGUUGCCGCUAGUGAGACGAGCGCGCGGGCGCGUCGUGCUGGCCUCCUCCAUCCUGACGCACGUGGCGGCGCCCGUGCGCGGCGUGCACACCGCCUCGCUCGCCGCGCUUGACGCACUCGCCGCCUGCCUCCGCAGGGAACUGAAACCGAGAGGCGUCGACGUUGUGGUAGUGGCGGCUGGAGAGUACACGACCGGCAGCGCCUGGCUGUCUGAAGAGAAGCUGCUGGAGCAGGCACGGGACAUGUGGAAGCGGCUCAGCGACGAGCAGAAGGGCGCGUACGGGGAGGACUACUUCGAGCAGGCCCUGCGCAGCCUCGAGAAAUACACCAAAAGCGCGGAUGCGGACUUGACAGCAGUGACUCGUGCGCUGAGCGAUGGUGUGACACGCACCUUCCCGCUGGCUCGGUACACGCCCGUCUCUCCCAGAGAGAAGCUAAAGUCUCUGCUCGCCGAACACAUGCCACGCUCUCUGUACGAAGGUCUCUACUCUGACUAAACAGCGACUUCACCACAAAUAAUUCGAUGUCCAAUUCAUUAUGUAACAUCAAUCAAUUUCAACGUCAGGAAGAAUUUUCUUUAGGGUGUUCGCCUACAUCAUAAUAAGUACAUAUAUCGCUCGAGACGAAGUUUUUUUAUUUAUAGAAUCAUCUAAUUCGCUACUGUUCCUAACUUAAUAAAAACUUAAAGGGAUAAAGUAGCCAUUCCCAAAUGAGGCCAGCGAAGUAGUCUAGAGCCACACAAGUUACGUAAGCUUUUUAGCCGGUGCAAGUUUGCUGAUCAUUUAGGCGGACUUCUCCCUACUUGAACACGUUUUCAAAGUGUCUCGUUAGCGGAAAAGUUCUAACCUACUGCUACAGACACCAAUGAAUGAGUAGGAUUGUAGAUAUAGUACAUUGUAGCUUUACAUCCUAAACGGGCCCUAGAGUCGUUAACAAAAAGCUAACCGUCGUCAAUUUUAUCUUGAUUUUAGAUUAGAAAAUGUAAAAAUCCAUUUGAAGUUUGAAAUGUUCAUAAUAAUAUUUAUAUGACCUUAACAAAUUACCAUAACUAUAUAUAGAGUAUAUACCAAUAAAUAAGUUAAUAAAACAGAAUGUAGUUUUGAUUUCGUAGAGCUCAUUUUCAUAUUCAAUUAAAUGUCUGGCCUCAGACAGCGGCUUAAUUAUAAAUAAUUUGUUUUUAAUUAUUAGUCCAGUUCAGACAGCAUGAGAACCACAUUAAUAAUACGGCUGGCCUGAUACAUGGCUAUUGUUAGAUUUCUCAUUACUUAUUGGCACUCAAUCAUGCCUGUCAACCGCACAUGCUCUCAUUAAUUUUCGCAUUUAAUUAAAAAUGGUUUUCAUAGUUCGAAUGUCGAUAUAAGAUUUUUUCAUUAUGUGACAGAAUAUUGUGUAUUUAAGUGUAUAUUCAUUAUGAUUUGAUUGGUCCGUACGCUUGAAGAGUUGUUAUUCAUAUUGUGUUUGGAAACACAUUUAUCACUUUAUGUUUAAGUAUUCACCUCAAAAGUGUGUCCUUAUUUAUUCAUGCUUUUCAGUUUGUACGUAAGUUAUUGUGAAGUGUAAAGUUGCCGACUAAGUAGCGCCGCGGAUGAUAAGAUUUAAAAAUGCAUCAAGUUGAAACCGCGCAGUACGUUUAAGUAAGACGGUAUAGUCGUGUUUUUAUGUUAUCUGUGUAACAUUAUAAAGAUGUGUUUUUUAAUAAAAUCUUGUUGUAAUAGAA